GAGAUUUAGGCGGGGCUAAUAAAAACUAUCACUGUUGAAUUCCGUUACCCUCGAGCGAGCUUUCUUCACCUGGGUCUCAGUGUGAAGAACUAUAAUAGACAGCAACUGCCCUAAAUAUAUCAUGGCGAUCGGAGAGACGUUUUCUUCCUCCACAGUGUUUCUGAAAAUCUGCUUGGUGCUGACUCCAUUGCAAACCCUUCUGUACCUGAUAGGAUUUUCCAGCUACCACUGGGUCACCCGGAUAAUAUCCAUUAACCCCUAUGAGGCUACUGGGAUAAUUUUAGGGACUCUGCGCACCACCCAGGGGCUAUGGGGCGGUUGUAUACAGGAUGAAUGCAGUACCGCCGACAUAGAGGAUGCAUCAGAAAUUCUACACGUGACAAGACUGUUUGCAACGCUUGCUCUGAUCGGGUUUGUGGUGACCACUGUUGGUGUGUUUGUCUGUCUGUUCGUGACACAUCUAUCACAGAGGCGGAUCCUACACAUUUUAACGUUAAUGGUGGCGACUGUAACAGGUGUGUCUGUGUUGAUUGCAGUGUUGAUAUACGGGUCACAGUACAAUAACCCCGAAACCAUCCGAAUAACCGUAAGCGUGGAUCUUGAUUGGUCAUUUGGCCUGUGUGUGGCCGCCCUUGUUCUGGAUAUUAUCACCACCAUUUUGCUUGUUUUAAACGUGGUCAAGAAACCCAGGCAAUGAUCACAGAAGAAGACACGCAGCAUAAUCAAAUUCUUCGCCGUUUUUUUCUCUCUCCCAUAACUGAUGUAACUUUAUGAAUGUCUAUCAUUAUAUCAUCCCUGUUUUUGAGCUAUAAUUCAUUAUAUUACAAAGUGUGCGUAUUGACCGUUUUAACCAUUUAUAUCUAUGAGAAAUAAAAAAUAUACCUCCAUUUGAAGAAAUACUCUUUUAAAGAAAAUUGUGCAGAGAGAGAAAGAAAUAAUUUGAACACUCAUUUCUUUACAUUAAAUUAUUUGCAUAUACAUAUACUACCGAGUAAUUGUUAACACACUUUGCAUGCAAAUAAAAAAUCAAUUGGAUUGAAAUAAAAACUUUCUGCAUAUAAAAA